AUGACGAAGCACCGAAUGCACUACAGAGAUUCAGCGAUUGAAAAGGUAGUUCUACCACGACAUUUAGGGUAUAGGGGCGUUGUAAAUGUCAAAAAACUGUUUGAGUCACAAGAUGGGGUCUUGAAUAUCAAGGCAAAAACCAUGAAGGAAUUUGAAAUACAAUGGAGGCAGAAAGCCAGCCAUGGCAACCACCCCAACACGUUUGAUCAAAAUAAAGUGGGUAGUGAAGCAUCUAAUAUUUGGCUAAGAAAGGGUGUUCUGUAUCCAGAGAGGGAAGGAUUCGUUAUUGCAAUACAUGACAAGGUUGUCAGCAGCAGGAAUUCUUGCAAACACGUGUUGAAUCGAGACGUGGUUGACCGUGAAUUAAAUGCUUCUGAAAAUUGGAAUGAAGGAUCGGACCCGCGAAAUCGGUAUAGGCAUUUUCUUGACAGUGAAAGACUUCACGAAGAAGCAAAACGACAAAAAUAUUCACUAUUCGCAGAAACAUCACAACACGGGCAAAUGCAAACACAUUCACAAAAUCUACAACAUACACAUCUACAACAAUCAGGACAACGUGGAAUGGCGACAAGAAUGGAACCAGACACGCGACUUACGCUAGGUCUACCACAAUCCCAUGAACUAGAUGAACGCCGAAAAACCCAACUACAAAAGAAACUACAAAAAGAAUUCCCACUUGCUAGGAUUGAAGUGCACAAGGCGCCAGUAAUAAUUAAGUGUUUUCACCAGCAAAUUAGGGCUUAUACAGCAAUGAUUAACUUUUCAACUAGAGCAGUCCUUUGUGAAAUUGCAUCCGACCCUCCUAUCAUUUCUUUUCUUCCUUCUGCUGCACAUCGAAAAGCAAAAAACGCGUAUGCUACCUGUGAUUGUCGUAAUUCUAACAUAAUAUGUAUCGCAUAUUUAGAUGAAACAGGAAAAAUUUUCGGAGUGACGCCUCCACCACAAAUUGGCACUAAAUUUCAACCAGAUGAUCCAGCCAGACUAAUUCCUACUGAACUGAAGCCAUUUAUCACUUGCAAGAACCACGAAUAUCAACUGACAUUAGAUCCUCAUUCGCACCAAGUGAUAAAUAUAGAACUUUUGCCUAAGAAUAGGCUUCCAACUGAUAAGGAUGGAAAAAUUAAAAUUUUAACGGACAACUUUAUAAUUUGUUGCGGCAUACGCUUUAAGGGUUACAGAAAAUCAAAAUCCAGACUUGCUGGAGCUGAGCUCUACCAAGACGGGAUACCGCAAAAACUGUUCAAUAGUAAAUAUGUGGUAAUUGUUGGAUAGCCAAAGUU